CAUAAGCUUAGUUUUAUUCACGGUUGAUUUCAUUCAGUAUUCGCGCUGCUUACGUAAAGAGUGAUAAAGCAGCUUAGUUUGAAUAAAAAGAAACAACUCGGUGCUGGGCAUUUUCUUAUUGCUUGGCUUGUUAUUUAAAACUGGGACUUCGGUGUUUUGGUAGCUCUAUAAUAGUUGUAUUAUGUUUUUUUGUACUCACAAGCGCAUAUUUUAUUUUCGCAGUAGGAAUUACAUUUUAAAAUAAAAACAAGACUAUGUUGCAAUUAAUGCGAACUGUUCCUCGCGCUUGGUCAUGCGCUAGCGUGGUGCAGCAGCCCUCAUUUCGAGGCUAUAACACUGAGAGUACAGUGGUUAAGCCUAAGACAGGGAUUGUUCUUUUGAACAUGGGAGGACCAGAAAAGUGGGAGAAUGUUUAUGACUUUCUUUUCCGACUAUUUUCCGAUCCCGAUCUUAUUCCUCUUCCUGCUCGGAGUCGACUUGCUCCCUUCAUUGCAAAACGAAGAACACCAAAAAUUGAGGAGCAGUACAAGAAAAUUGGAGGUGGGUCUCCUAUUACUAAGUGGACAAACCAUCAAGGCACUGAAAUGGUAAAAAUUCUUGAUAAAAUAAGCCCUGAGACAGCUCCCCAUAAACAUUAUAUUGGAUUUCGAUAUGUGCCAACUUUGACGGAGGACGCUCUUGAUCAAAUGAGGGACGAUGGUGUUGAAAGAGCUGUUGCUUUUACCCAGUAUCCGCAAUACAGUUGUUCCACCACUGGUAGCAGCCUUAAUGCAAUAUUCCGACACUAUAAGCGUAACCCAAAUGACGUUUCUGCGAUGAAAUGGAGUGUUAUUGAUCGAUGGCCAACUCACAGUGGAUUGGUUGAAGCAUUUGCAGAUCGAACAGCAGCUGCUUUAGAGAAAUUUCCCAAAGAUGUUCGAAACAAGGUUGUGAUUUUGUUUUCUGCUCAUUCACUUCCAAUGUCGGUUGUAAACAGAGGUGACCCUUAUCCUGCUGAAGUAGCUGCUACUGUAAGCAGAGUUAUGGAAAGAUUAGACAACUCCAAUCCAUACAGGCUUGUCUGGCAGUCCAAAGUUGGUCCAAUGCCAUGGCUAGGUGCACAGACAGAUGAAGCAAUUAAAGGUCUUUGCCGAAACGGUUUUAAAAACUUGCUUCUCGUGCCAAUUGCUUUUACGAGUGAUCACAUAGAAACAUUAUUUGAGCUAGAUGAAGAAUACAUCGGUGAGCUUGCGAUGGAAGCAGGUGUUGAAAAUAUUCACAGAGCUGAAUCCUUAAAUGACAGUCCCAUCUUUAUUCAAGCAAUGGCUGACGUUGUAAAAUCCCAUCUGAAUUCAGAUGCCGUCAGCACCUCUCAGCUACCUUUGCGUUGUCCACUAUGCACAAAUGAAGCCUGUGUUGGAAUGAGAAACUUUUUUCUAAAAAAUUCAGUUUAAACUUUCAAGAUGUAAAAACUAAAAAGUUAUUAAAAUAUGUUAAAAUAAGCUGAAUAAGUGAUGUUUAGUAAACUUUACAUUCUAUUGCAGUCCUGGUUAUAAAGUCCAUUUAAAUCAAUCAUUGUUUAGUAUACCCAGUUUUAUUUAUGUCAUCACUCCUCACCUUGUUAAUUUGUAAAAUCAACCUUAAAUACUGCAUUAGUUAUUAUGUUGCAAUUUGUUGAACUAAAAAGUGUUUUGAACAAAAACGUUUGUCAUACGUUGAACACAUUUGCCAAAAGCAAAGCAGUAAAUUCUAAAUUGUGUAAAAGUUAAAUUGUGUUCACAAUUCUUUUUAUCUCAUAGGCUAGUCUAGUUAUUUAAAGCUUUUGAAAUUUUGAUUUAAUUAUUUCUAAAGUUUGCUGUACAUUUGCCAACAUUUGUAUAUUCAUAGCGAUAACGAUGUUCAUGUGUCAUGUGUUUUGUUGAUUCCUGGCUUUUUUUAAAGUAUUUGUACAAAUAAAUAUGUAUGUUUAUUCUGUUUUGUUGAUUAGUGUACUCCAACACCCCAUGCUAUUUACUAUUGUGUGUUCUACUAUUCGAAUAGGUUACUUUACUUCUGCUUAAUGACAAAUUCUGCCACUUGUUGCACAAACAAAUUUCUUUUAUAG